UCUAGAUAAGCCUUCUGGCUCCUAAACUGAUGUAACUGCUUGCCUUGAGUCUUAAACCUGGCCAGAAGUUCUAUACUCUAAGUCACCUGCUUCAACUUUAUUGUGAGCAGCCAACCACAACUGAAGCCUUCUGGGAAGAAAAAUGGAUAUGUAAUUGCUUGGAGUGCAAAAAGCAUCUAUAGGGCUGUGGGCUCUAAACUGCCAUCAUGGGGAAUGUGAUGAAAAGGGAGGAAGAGAAAAGGACAGCGUCAAACAGCUUGGACUCCGUGUCUAAAGACUGUGACAGCCUUGUGGUGCUCUCUGAUUAUCCCUGCCGUGACAUUAGUGAACCAAUUUUUAGGAUGGGGGACAGACUCAUUGGUCUUUCAGAAGAUGGUUGCUGGUGGAAAGUCCGCUCUCUACAAACAGGAUCUGAGAACUACAUUCCCAAUAAUCAUGUGGCAAAGGUCUAUCACGGAUGGUUGUUUGAGGGGGUUGAGAGGCAGAAGGCAGAAGAUCUUUUGUCACUGCCUGGUAAUGGCGUCGGAUCUUUUCUCAUUAGAGAGAGUCAGAGAGAAAAAGGUGUGUAUUCUCUCUCUGUGAGACACAGGACCAUCAAGCACUAUAAGAUAUUUCGUAUGACUAAUAGCUGGUACUACAUCUCACCACGGCUUACCUUCCAGUGUCUGGAGGAUAUGAUCAAUCACUACUGUGACUCUUCAGAUGGUAUAUGUUGCGUUCUCAGCACUCCUUGUCUGGCUCUAUCCAACCCUGUCCCAAGCUCAACCCAGGAAGCACCCCCUGUGGUAAUGCGCCAUAACUUGGAUUGGAAGAAAGUGAAUAGAUCACAGUUGAUGAGCCCAGGUGAGAUGGAUGCAUUGGACAACAAAGAUAACAUGUUGAGCUACGGGUUGAGGAGCAGCAUAGCCGGCUAUCUGUCUUUAACAUCAAUACCUAAUGCUGGGCAGUCCAAAGACCGCAAAAAGAAGAGCAAAUCUGUCUAUGUCAUGCCUGAUCACAGUAAUAUGGCUAUAGAUGAGGACAUUUAGCACAUGACCUAUGACACAGAUCUGCCAACACAUGAUAGAUGGACACAGUAUUUUUUGACUUCAAUAUUAUACACAUUUCAUUCUUAUAAACACUGAAUCUGAAAACUAUAUUAUUGGGAUAUGCAGCAAUAGAAUGUUAGAGAGUAAUAGUUAUUGUUCGAUACUUAAACUGCUUGCAGUUUUAUCGAUAUUUGUGGAUGUGUGUGAAUACAGAAGUAUUGGAUUUUUUAAUGUACAUUUGUCAAAAGCCACUGUUUCAAACUUGUCAGUGACACUUUUUUUGAAAGUGGAAACUGAUAUUUCUCUACUUAUCUUUUAAUAAAUCUUACCU